CAUGCUCAUGUUUAUUGGCUUUUUCUCUCGUCGUUUCUAAUCCAGGUGAACGAACUCCAAACUCCUCAUGGCUUUUCACCUCGUAAAAUCGUGUGUGAAAGUAUGGCCAAAAACGACGGCGCUGUCGCCGGCAGCUCCGGUACCACUCCGACGUUUUCAAAUCCGCUUCGGUAUCAUCAUCAAGGGUAACGAUACCACAUCGAUUGCACCAAAUCGGACUUCGUUGUUCCAUUACACCACCAGCGUCGAUAAGAUUCCUCCGAUUUCGAGUUCAAAUACUGAUGGAGGCAGGGAAUUGUUGUCGAUGUCCGACGAGAAACUGAUGAGUCAGUGUGAGAUGGAUACCUAUAAAUCGUCCGGUCCCGGUGGUCAGCACCGUAACAAGCGUGAGACUGCUGUUCGUCUCAAGCAUAUCCCAACCGGUAUUAUUGCGCAGGCAUCUGAAGAUAGAUCACAGCACAAAAAUAGGGCAUCUGCCCUAACUCGACUACGUAGUCUGCUAGCUCUUAAAGUCAGGAACAGUAUAGAUCUUGAAACAUACACACCUCCUCCUGAGCUUCUUCAAGUUCUUCCACCAAAGUCAACUAUAAGAGGAUCGGAUUGUGGGCCUCAAAUUGGGCAUAAUAACCCAAAGUUCGUUUUGGGAAUGCAAGCUUUAUUAGAUCUUAUUUUUGCAGUUGAUGGUUCCGUGGCUGAUGCUGCAAAGAAAUUGGGCUUAAGCACCGGAGCUCUGUCACGUCUGAUUUUGUCUGACGAUUCUCUUAGACAAGCGGUUAAUGAGUUCCGGGCAUCUAAGGGUAUGAAGCCUCUGAAAUAGGAGUCAGAUUGUAACUUGUAUGCGGCAAUCAUGGGAAUAGUUGGUUGGUAGGUAUUUGACUACUGAGGCAUCCUAAGGGUUUCUUUGACAAAACAUAUUUUAAUGUGAAUUCUCAACAUGAAAGCACGUCUUUAAUUUUGGUUACCUAAAUAUUUAUUAUACUCCAUUGCCACAAAUUAUAGUAUUUACCUAUACUUAAUAAAGUAUAUCAUAC